ACUCUAUCCAAAUACUCUCAUAUUUUCCCUCCAUGUCACUCUGCACUACUUGUAGCUCCAUACCCUUCCGCGCGCUCUGCCGCGGCGACCACCCUCCAGGCUGGAAAAAGAGCUCUUGGACUGACGACAAUGGCAUACCCUGGGGCCACAACAGCGACACCUGGAUUUGCAACAGACGCCAAACUACCUUACCUCAAUUGAGAGAAAGCGCACUUAACUGCGCAAUAUGCAGCAUGCUCAUACAGGAUGUGGAAACACGACCGAUUUACAAACGAGUCGCACACGAAGUGGAUAUGGAAGUCACUCCAGCAUGGCUCCAUCUUUCCGAGUCUGAGACUUACGGCUCCAAACUCGAUCUCUAUCUAGACAAGGAUGUUCCCGAAGCUACUGCUGUGGAGUUUCGGAAUAGAUUUGACACCCCACCUCCGAACCUCUUCAAGCCAGUCAAAUUGGAAAACUCGCUUGAUCCGACGCCAUUGAAGCAAUUCAGGGCUUGGUUUGAUGAAUGCAACGCCGGACAUGAGAGAUGUUCUGCGAUUCAGCAAGACUCACUGUUGCCUACGAGAGUGUUGGAUCUCGAUGCCAUGCCUAGCUCGGAUAUUCUGACUGAACGUAUGAAUGAGUGGCCAGAACUGUUUUUCCAAACCGAAUGUAAGCUAGUUGAAACCACCGUUGAUCAGAAAGGAAAGUACGCAACGCUCAGCUAUUGCUGGGGCAGUGGUUUGCCGUUUAUGACUACCAAAGACACACUGUCGAUAAGAAAGAACAGUAUCAGCUUUCAAAACCUUCCCAAGACGCUUCAAGAUGCUGCCAUGGUCGUGCGUUUUCUUGGUCUACGGUAUAUAUGGAUUGACUGCUUGGCGAUUGUUCAAGAUGAUACGGAGGACUGGGAGAAGGAAUCAGCUGUCAUGGCAGACAUUUACUCAAGAUCGUACAUUAACAUUGCCGCAUCCAGCGCUUCACAUUGCGGAGCAGGCUUCCUAGGGCCACGGAAGAUGCCAAAGACUGAACGUAUCGAGAUCCACGACAGUGAAGCGAAAUUAGAGAUAUAUCUCAUCGCCCAACAGACACGCAACUACGCAUUACCAAGCGACCCCCUCGAAACACGAGCAUGGGUCCUCCAGGAGCAACUUCUCCCCGCACGCUCCCUUCAUUUCGGCAGCGCCAAUAUGCUCUGGCGCUGUCCAGACGGCAUCUCACACGAAGAGCAAAGGCGAGGCUGGACGUACCUCUACACCCUCGACGCCGUAGUAUACAGCAUCAACCUCCCCAUCGGUGCCGCCAUCGGCCAAGACGCAUGGUUCCAACUCGUCCGUGACUACACCUCCCGUGGGAUAACCUACCCCAAAGACAAAUUCCCUGCCAUCUCAGGCGUUAUGAACGUCUUACAGCGCAUGACUGGCGACAUCUGCGCCGCGGGACUGUGGAAACGGAAUUUCGCCAAGUGGCUCCUGUGGGUACCUAGACAUGAUGUUGCGCCUUUCAAACGAUCUGAAAUUUGGACGGCGCCGUCUUGGUCGUUUAUGUCCGGGGAGGGACCUGUGGAUUACGGGUUGGGUGAUAUUACUAUUGGUAUGAAUAACUCGCUGAGAGAGUUGUGUGCCACGCUGGAAGAAUGCAAAGUCGUGCCUAAAGGGUUGAAUCCGCUUGGCGAAUUAAGAGAUGGGUGGGCGAGGAUUAGAGGGCCGGUUACGGAUGUUAUUGCGAUUGGGUAUGCGGCGGCAGGGAAACAGCCGUAUCGGUCGUGCAGUGUGUGCAUGCGCAAUCAAAGCUACCAUGAUGCGCGUGUUCUUUUCGAUGUUGAAGCAUAUAGUACUUGCGAGGUUCUGAUCGUUGCGCCGGCUUUGGGUUUGGCGAUUGUUUGUACGGAUAGAGAGCUGGGCGAGUAUGUGAGGGUUGGACUGGUGGUAAUCAAGAGAGUGAAACUAAAGGUGACGACGGAACAGUCGAAAGAGUGGUACCCGGAAGCAGAGGAUUAUCCAGAGCCACGGUCGAUUGUUCUUCGAUGAGGCGGCGGGUUUGCGUACCAUGUUGACCAUGAGCAGAAGUGUACAUCACCUUCCAUACUGCCUACUUCCUUAAAUGUACUAGUGUGUAUGCAGCAACCGCAUAAUGCGACACGAACUCUACCCAUACCUAAUUCCCUAACCUCCCUGUUUGGGGAUGAUGGGCGCGUUCAUGAUGCCUGGACAGGAUUUGUAUGCGGUAACCGCAGGACAU